CGGCCCUCCCUCUUGGCUCCCAUCUUGCUCCCCGCGUGUGUGCGCGCCCGCUCCUAGGAGGCCUUUUAACCCGCAGUGUCCCCACACGCACCCCCAUACAGGCUGCAGAAGAUGAAAGAAACCAUUAUGAAUCAAGAAAAGUUAGCAAAACUGCAAGCACAAGUGCGCAUUGGUGGAAAGGGAACAGCACGCAGAAAGAGGAAGGUCGUCCACAGAACAGCUACUGCUGAUGACAAGAAACUGCAGUUCUCCCUGAAAAAGCUGGGCGUGAAUAACAUCUCUGGCAUAGAAGAGGUAAACAUGUUUACAAACCAAGGAACAGUUAUUCACUUUAACAACCCCAAGGUCCAGGCUUCCUUGGCUGCCAAUACCUUCACUAUUACAGGACACGCUGAGACCAAACAGCUCACAGAAAUGUUACCCAGCAUCCUCAACCAGCUUGGAGCCGACAGCCUCACCAGCUUGCGGAGACUCGCAGAGGCCCUGCCAAAACAAUCUUUAGAUGGUAAAGCACCACUGGCUACCGGGGAUGAAGAGGAUGACGAAGUUCCAGACCUUGUUGAGAACUUUGAUGAGGCGUCAAAGAACGAGUCGGUCUAAAUGGCAACCACUGAGGAACUUGAACCGCUGAAUGGAGCUGCUAUUUUAUAUUGUGACUUACCUAUUUGUGCUUUGUUUUGUUUUGACUUGAUGAGAUUAAACAAUAAUUAAUUAAAAAUGCUCAAUAUGUAGCAACUCUGCUUCAGUAACUACUUCUGUGCAGACCCUGUCUUGGAGCCUAGUCUGGUUGAACACUCCUGGAAAUAAAAAUUGAGAUACAAUAAA